UUUCAGAUGGAUUCUAUAUCAUCACCUUCCACAUCAUCUUCAGCAUCUAGUACUCCUAAAUUAAUAUCCGAAAAGUGUUUGGUAUGUUUCCAACCCUCUCAUGGAAAUCAUUUUGGAGUUGACAGCUGUAGAGCUUGUGCUGCUUUCUUCAGAAGGGUAUUUGUCACUCAUAAGCAACAAUUUCCAUGUCGAGAAGGAGAUAACAAGUGUACUCCGGAUGAGUGGGGAAGAUGGAGUUGCAAGCGAUGUAGAUCUGAUAAAUGUUUUGCCCUUGGAAUGAAGCCAGACAACAUUCAAAGGGAUCGAGAUAGAUUUAUAUUUUCUGAUAAUUUUCGUGAUGACAGAAAAAGGAAGACAUCUGAAUCAAUUGUUCCAUUGUCUGUCGAACGAUUCGUGGGAAAACAACUUGUGACAACAUACACGUCAACUGGAUCCGGAAAGAACAUUGAAUAUAUCACAUUUUUCGAUCUUACACCAAUCAUUAAAGAUGCUGAUUAUAUUCUCAAAAGGAUUCCAAAAUUGGAAAAAUCGGUUAAGGUGAAGAGUUCAUUGGAACAACUAGCCUUUGGAUUACAGGAAGUAAGAAAAGAGCAAUUAUUUGAAAGUGUUCCUGAACUGAGAAAAAUUGGAAAAAUGGAAACAUGGGACAACUGGGUAAAGGGAAUGAGAAGAGCUGGUGAAUGGAUUAUGCACUUUGAAGAGUUUCGACAAUUGGAACAGGAGGAAAAGAUGGUGAUAUUGAAAUGUAUGUGGCAUCUGUUUAUUCGUCUAGAGAGAAUUUCAAUGACAGCCGAGAUGCGGAGAAUGAAGCUUUGUGAUGAUAAAGAAUUUAUAUACGGAACAGAGCAAAGAAUUAACUACGAUACUCUGGAAAUUGAUCGUGAUUGGUUUUCUGAAGCAACUGAUAGAGAAGUACGAAGCUUCAUCGGUCCCCUUCCGCGAUGGUUUUGUGAGACAAUAAUUGAUGCAUUAAUGGAAUUACGCCCAAGUGAUGUAGAACUGUCAUUUAUGCUCUGUAAUUUAUGUUUCCAUUUGACUGGCCAAAAAUUGGGAGGAAGAAUUCAAGAAAUAACUGAUCGUCUUCAAGAUGUUCUGGCCAACGAUCUUCAUAAAUACUAUCUCGCAAAGGAUAAAUAUUCUAGAUACUCAUACAGAUUGACCAAAUUGUUAAGCUUGAAUCGGCAAUAUAAGAAUGAUUUGGAAAUCAGGCGACAGGGAAUCUUCUUGGCCAAUACACUUAACAUUUUUCGUGUGAAAUUGUCUCAUCCUGAAAUGUUUCAGUUUUCUUGCUAAUGCAUGUGAUUAGAUUAUCUUGAUCAUCAUAAUAUGUAUUUAUAUAAACUUUUUUGAAAAAAAUGAGGAAAUUUAUAAUUUA